UGCAGGGACUGGCCGAAUGCGGAUCCGAAUGCGGAUGGGAGGAAAAUGAGCUCGAGGUCGAUACCAAAACAUAUCCGAAGUGACGUUUUUAAAUCGCGAUCCGACGAAAGAUUUGUUCUUAAUUAUACAGAUUGACCCAUAAAGGAGAUGUUAGACUACAUUUAGGACUACUUACAAUCAGUAGCUCACCUUUAACAGUGAAGAUGGAGCUGCUCGCGGUGUUUCUGCGUGUUUCUGCUCUGCUUCUGUGCUGGUCAGCAGUCGUGUGUUCGGAGUUACCUGUCCCAGAGAACGUCACCAUUCAGACGCUCAACAUGAAUUAUGUGCUGAAAUGGGACUGGGAUGCGGCUCAGGCGCCGGACGUCGCACGCGGCGUUACCUUCACCGCUCAGUAUCUGGCGAUGUUUAAGAAAAAGCUGAAAAAGACCAAAAGCAAGCAGGACUGGAAAACUCUGUGUGAGUCGACGCCUGAGCACAUCUGUGACUUUUCCUCAGUACAGCUGCAUUAUCUGGGCGUGUGGCUGCUGCGUCUCAGGGCUCAGAGCGGCCACAUGGUUUCACCCUGGGUCGAGAAGGAGUUCUGUCCCGACAGAGAUGCUGUCAUUGGGCCGCCCUCUGUAGUGAAUGUGACCCCUGUGAAAGGCUUGCUGCAGGUUGCGAUCACCGACCCUCUGACCUUCACCAAUAGCUCCAUGAAGGAACAUCUACCGAAUAUGUACUACUUUAUAGAGUACUGGAAAAAGAGCUCUUCAACACAGAAGCCUAAUAAUCUAACGAGUUCCAAUAAUCUGGUGAUUCUGCCUGAGCUGGAGAGCUGGACAUGGUACUGCGUGAGGGUGCAGUCUAAAGAUAACUAUUACAAGAAGACCAGUGCUUUCAGUCCUAUCUACUGCAUACAGACAGAUGGUCAGAUCCCCUACUGGCAGAUUGUUCUCUACUUCCUGUUGUCACUGGGGCUGAGUUUCUUAGUGUGUCUGAUAUUCUUCAUGUGCAGCUUCAGAGCAGUAAAGGUGGUCAAGAGCACCUUCUUCCCCUCGGUCCCGCUGCCUUCACACAUCCAGGAGUACCUGUUUGACUCGAGCACCUCAGACACCCCACGCUUACUGAGCACUGAGCCAGAGAUGGAGAUCUGCUCGGACAGGCUGGAUCUCCUUCCCUCUGACCCUGAGGUCACGGAGGUCCCCGAGAUCAUCUUGGAGGUCCACCUGUCACCUGAGACCUCACAGCAAAGUCGCAGGACACACAGCCGUCACAGCAGCUGUGACUCCGGCGUUUAUUCCACAGAAGGUUCGGGUCCGAGGCAGAAUGAGCUUGGAGAAGUCAGGGAGGAAAAACCUGGAAGAAAGAUACGAGCUGAUGAGGCAGACGAAGGAGUGCAAGAUGUUAGCGUCUAAUCUGGCCGAAAUGAGAACUGGUUCUGUUUGUGCCACAAUCUCCUCUGCACAUACUUCCUGCAGAGAUAAAAAUAAACACUCCAUAACAAACUCCCUAUUAGACAGGAAGGUUGAAUUGAGCUGUUCUCUCAGCAGACCUGUGGAGUAAGAGGAAACCAUUUAUAUGAUUUGCACUUUAAUACAUUCUAUCAGUGAUUGUUCAUAUUAAUGUACAACACAUUUCUGAGAAGUGAAAAGAAGAAGUGAAAAUGACACAUGGCAGAAAAAUGGCAUUAUAUGUUUGUAAUGUGAACAAUGGAACAGUUUGCUGCUUAAAAACAGUUAAAUCUGUUGGAGCCAUGAUGUCAAAAACUCACACUAUAGAAACUCUUUACUUGUCUUAUUGUUCACCAAAAUAUAUGCUCUUUCACUUUUAGUUCAACAUUCUGUGCUACAGGUUAGUGUGUGUUUGUAGCUGUUUUUUAGUCAUUUCACUUUCUGACAAUUGUUUAAUAUGAUUCUUAUAGAAUCGGAUCUUAUUUGCAUCAUAUAAUCCUAUAUUACCUUACUUUU